AUGCCAAAAGUGAAGGGUUGGCGUCGAUCACAGGCCGCAACCAGGCGCCGCGCUCAGCGCGAGUUCCUGAUUGUUGGUCCACAAGGCCACAGUGAUGACGUGCCUACAGGUGUGUAACAUUUUCUUUUAAAUGUAUCAUUUUUUCUUCACGCACUAUAUUGCAAACAGUUUCUUAUUUCUUUGUAUCUUGGAAAAACACAUACAAAUCAGGUUUACUGUUUACAUUUUACAAUAAUACAUGUCAAUGUUAUCUGUUUAAUAGGCACUGUCGGGACUGGUUAUCGCCAUCGUGUUAACCAGUGGCCAAUAUCUGUGUUGACUGGUCGGCAACACAAAUUGGUCAUUCCUCCUGAGGUUCCUGACAAGAAGGCAUGAAACUGACAUUAUUUUUUACCCUCACAACACAUAUUUCAGCUGAUACAGUAUUUAAUUAGUACUUCUCCCUUUUUCAUCCUAGUUUGUUCUUAUCGUUGGUGACUCUCACCUGCGCCCGUUUGCUGAUGGGGUUGUGCCAUUGCCUGAAGGACGGAUGUCCUUUGGGUUCAUGUCCACACCAGGGGCCUGCGCUGAUGGACUGAGGACUGAGAUGGUACAUGCUGCUGUGCCUCGCAAUCCUGACUUGGUCAUUGUCAUGGCUCCUAGCAACAACCUUACAACCCAAGGGUCUCUUGAGAAGUCGUCUACAGAUUUUGCUAAACUUCUCUCCACUGCCGUUGGAAGGUGGUUCAAGGUGGGGCUAUGAUGUCAUUAACACAUUUUGUAGUAUCUCAAUUAUGGUUAUGCUCAGUAAUAACUCUUGUGUUUUUUGUCCUUCUGGUGUGUUUGCUAUUUUUAUAGGUAAUUGUGUAUGACUUUCCACCUCGGCUGAACCACCCUUUGGAUCAUCAGGAGCUGCUGCGGCAGGAAUUCCGUCGAGUUGCAGCACGUAUGGGUACGUUUUACAACACUUUAAAUUCGCCUUCAUGACAAAAUUCUAAAUGACAAUAUCAUCAUAAAACCAAUCAUAUAAAACAUCUACAGCAAACCCAAACAAAUUACAUGUAUUUUUUAGAGUAACUCACAACUCUGUACAUUUUAUGGACACAGUGAAAGAAUAAUUGUCUUUUCUGUUUGUGGUAAAAUACACAAAUUUGUACUAAUGCUUCACUUUGUCUCACUUUACAUUAACAGGCAUUCGAUAUGUUUGCCCUGCUGCUGAUGACUUCCCCCUGAGACGCCUUAAGCUGUGGUGCAGGGAUUCUGUUAGUACAAUCCCUACUCAUCUGAUGUUUCAUAUGGACUUCAUAAUAAAUGCACACAUUUUUGCAUCAUGCAAAUUUGUGAUCAUGAAAAUUGUCUUGUCUUCUAUAUAGGUCCAUCUCAGUGAUGAUGGUGGGUCGCCUAUUCUGGGGCAGCGUCUCUGGCAGGCGGCGUACACUGAACUGGAUAGAGGUGAUCCUGCAUCAGUGCUGUCAGUGCAGCGCAGGCGCUCGCCCCUGAGCACUGUCACACCAAAGGUGGUUGUGAGGGGAGAGGUACCUGCACCUCAACCAUCCAACGCCUUUGAGUGGACAGUGUGUGGAAAGGUGCACAAGGUAAACAUAAUUCCUGUGUGUCUAUAUACAUAUAGUAUAUGUAUUUAAUACAGUAUUGUUAAUUUUCAACUUACUUAUCACAGCAGAAUCUCUCUGGCAACGAGGUGGAGGACUCUGCUCCAUGCACUCAGCAGGUUUGACAUCCUUUAUACAACACAACUAUCAUCACAAUUUCUGUAUGGAUUACACACAUUUUCUUUGAGAAGAAACCCUUUUCUAAAUUAUUACUUUAUUUAUUCUAUUUUUUUUUUCUCUCCCUCCAUCCUAGUUGUCAACAGUUGGGUUGCGAGACUGUUUUGUGCGUCUCAACCCUAUCCAUUUCAGUCCACACCUGCUGGAUGCCAUGGAGAAGAUUUCGCCAUCCCAGCUUCCCAACCCUGUUCCACAAGAUGAUGAGGUCAGUGAAAAUGUCACACUACAGCAGCACUUUGAUUGUUCAUUCAUAAUAUGUUUUGUGUUGCACAACAACAAUGCUUAGAAGAAAUAUUGUUUUAUUCAGAUGCCACGUGUGGAACCACGCAGGACUGUGGUUGCAUCUCGGAGGAUCCCUACCAGGAAGCAGGUUUGUUUCUUCAUUGGCACACAUGGUGUAUUAAUAUGCAAGCACGCAGAGCUAGGUUUGCAUCUAAACCAAGUUUAUCAUACAGAACGGAAUAAUAACAUUGAGAAAUUUUACUUGGCCCUUAAUUUCAAAAAAUGUUUUUUCUUAAUUCAUACACAAAUAGGAUGUUUAGUAUCAUCAGUUAAUGAUUCUUUCUUCAACUAUAAAAGUACAGUUUUUUCAAUUUGACCUUUUUAUCAAUGACAAUAUAUUAUACACAAACUUUUGUGUGCAGGGAAGGGCCUUGCGUGUCCAGAGCCCAGCUGAGCUGCAGACAACUGAGGUGCCUCCUGCUACAGAACUCACUUCACCUGAGGUGGGCUUGGAGAGGGUGGCAGAGCUCCAGACGUGCCAGGGCGUGGUGACGGUGGACACUGCCAUCCUGUCAGCACCCCAGCCAGAUGGAGGCACCCAGGUGGAACAGGUAAGUAUGCAUAAACAUCUUCCUCACCCCCCUCUUGUGUUUGGUGAUUUUGAUCGCUCACCUGUGCAGUUUAGCAGUAUGGAGACUGAGGCAGUACAGUUUCUGUGCACUGAGAUUGAGAGUGAGAUGUCUGACCCAGGUUGGGUAAGAGACAGUAUCCAAGGAUCAUUUCACCAGGGAAGUGAUUUAUUAAGUAAUCACGGAACACAGUGUAUGGCAAUUGGGCUGGCCAGCGUUGCCAAACACAGUGUCAAAAGCGUUUUCUCGUGGAGUGUGGCUGAUCUCGACACAGUUUUGCUCUGUGGGGAUCAACUGUACACAUAUCUGAGAAAUAAUGACAAAAUCAGUGGCGGUUCUGAUUUUUUGUGUAUUCCUGAUUUGCCUGCUUCACACACAAUUGAUGGCAUGGAGUUUGACUUUGAGUAUGGUGAUUACAUGUCUGGACUCAUCAACCAGACUGAUGGAUCACCCAUUGCACCUGGGUUGACAACAUUGCUGCAUAGUCUACAAAUUCUGUUUGCCAAAUAUGACACAUGCUUUUUGACAUUGCAUUGCAGCACAUGUGUUGUCAUUCAUGAGAAUAAUAUGUUUGCUGUUGUUGAUUCUCAUGCUCGAAAUGCUUUGGGCCUGGUGGAUCCUGAUGGCAGAAGUGUUGUUGCAUAUUUCCAUAACUUGCAGGAACUGUAUACACAUGCAUUAGCCUUGGCUGCAUCACAGCAUGUGAGCAACCAGGCUUUUGAAGUUGCUGGUGUGCGUGCAAUCCCCAGAAUGUCAGCAAUUGAAAGUAUGUGUUUGCCAUCCAGCUCAAGAGUACAUACUGAAAUACUGAGCAAAAUGAAGAGUGUCUAUGCAGAUGUACAGCAGGAAGUGUCACACUCCAAGCAGGGGUGUUCAUCCAGUACAUCAGUACAUAGGAAGCAAGGCUUGAAACGUCAACGCUUUGUGCACGCUCCUGCUGCCAAGAGAGCAAAGACGAACAAUUUUGGUGAUGAUGUAUUCAUUGUUAAAGACACAAACAACACGAGUGCAAAUAAUAGUAAUGAUGUUGUGUGCAUUGAUGAUGCAAUAAGCCAGACUGACGACGAUGUGAUGUGUGUUGGUAAUGGAGCCCAACAAGAUUUAGUGUUUAACCCCCUUCAGUUAGAGGUUGCCAAAGUUUUGUGCAACACUUUAGGGAUAGAAUGUCAGAAAGUUGAUGUGGAAGGAUUUGUAGCAGGCAUAUUAGGACCUCCAUGCAAGAAGCAGCCUAUUGUCGGCGAUGGCAAUUGCUUCUUCAGAGCUGUGAGUCAUGUUUUGUCUGGUAGUGAGAAGUUUCACAGGAAAGUCAGGUUGGCAGUUUGUAAACACAUUGAAUGUCAUCCUGGAUCAUAUGAGCACAUUCUGAGAAAUGAAUUUACCUCUGUCAAAGAAUAUGUUCACAUGUCCAGAAUGCGAUAUGUGGGUAGUUGGGCCACAGAAGUGGAGAUUCAGGCUGCAGCAGAUUGUUUCGGGGUUAGCAUUUUUACCUACAUUGACAAUCGAUGGCUUCAAUACAGCUGUCAAGGUCGACAAUUAUCAGAACAGGCAGUGUAUUUGGAGAACUGUAAUAACAUCCAUUAUGAGGCUGUUGUCUGUGUUCGACAACCUAAUGUGGACUGUGAUUGCUGUGAUUUCUGUAAAGGUGCUGUUGCACAUAGUACCAACUAUGGUUUGACACAGGUGAGCAAAGAUGCGCCAUAUAACCUCAGGACAGGAUGUCAGGACUUCAAGCAACAGAGUCAUCACAUUUUAAGUCCUUCACAUCAUGAAAAAAGGUUGUCAAAAUAUCUUAAAAAGAAGAAGUUUUUGCAAAUGAAAAUUAACUACCACAAAAACUUCUUGGAUUACAACAGACGUAACCAACAUGUUAGGAAUAGAUAUAAGCACAAUCUGUUGUAUCAACAGAAACUCAAGGCUUUAAGUAAGGUCAAAUACUUAGAUGAGGUGCACAAAGAAGAUGUUAAAAACAGAAUCAAAAUUAAGUAUAGAGACGAUAAUACCCACAGACAAAUUGUUAAAAAUAGAAGCAAGGACAGGAGCAACAUUAAAUAUAGGGACGAUCAUACCCACAGAGAAAUUGUUAAAAACAGAAGCAGGGACAGAAGCAAAAGUAAAUAUAGGGACGAUAAUACCCACAGACAAAUUACUAAAGACAGAAGCAGGGAAAUAAGUAAGGUUAAAUAUGGAAAAGCUGCAUUUAGACAGACAAAAAUAAACUUAGUAAAGACAAAUUACCACCAGAACCCAGAACACUUCCUUGCAUCUAAGAAACUUAGAAUAUUAAAAAGGAAGGCAAAACUAGAACAGAUGGACUUUGUAAUUGAGCAGUUUUUGGAAAAAAUCAAAGAUGGGCCAGCAUUUGUGUGCAGUGUGUGCCAUAGACUGUUGUUUAAACACCAGGUUUCGCGUUGUAAGCUAGACAAGUACAGUAGCAAUACAAAGACAGCUGGUGUCGCAGCUAGAUGUAUUAAAGAUGUGUAUGUGCAUAAAUGUAUGUCUUCUUGUGCCGUACCAUGUGUUUUGAAAGCUUCCCCUCGUGGUAGUUUGUGGAUUUGUCAUUCAUGUCAUGGCAAGGUCAGUAAAGGUGACGAGCCAGCUGAGAGCGCAUCCAAUAAUCUGACCGUUGAUCCAAUUCCACCUGAGUUGGCUUGUUUAAAUCGCCUAGAGUCGCAUUUAAUUGCACUCCAUAUCCCCUUUUUGAAGAUGGUAGCUCUUCCUAGAGGUGGUCAAAAUGGUGUUCAUGGGCCGAUUGCAUGUGUUCCAGCCAACAUUGUCCAAACCAGUAACGCGUUGCCACGUUCAAACAUGGAAGGUUCAGUUAUUCCCGUUAAACUGAAGCGCAAGCUUACUUAUAAAGGACAUUAUGCAUACGAGUAUGUUGACCCUAUGCAUAUCAAGAAAGCACUGCAUUAUCUGAAAGAGAACAAUCCGUUCUACAAAGAUGUGCAAUUCAAUGAUGACUGGAUAAAUGAAUUUUGCAGGGAUGAGAGUGCUGACAAACAGCAGCAGAGUAUUGUUGAUGAACAGGGAGGAUCAAAUGCAGAGAGCUCUGAGGCAUCUGCAGCUGAGGCAGCUGCAGCUGAGGAAGAACUUCUGCAUGAUCGGCAGCAGCAUUGCAUGUUUCAAGACACAUGCUCAAUGCCUGUUGAUAUUGGCCAGGAAGCGCUGGACCAAUAUUUUGAUGGUGUUUUGAACUUGGCUCCAGCUGAUGGACAGAACCCUGUGAAGGUUUUGACAACAAAGGAGAACGAGGCCAAGUGUUUCCCUGUGUUGUUUCCAAAAGGCCGUGGAACAUUUUUUGAUAAUAGAAAAUUUUCUCUGACUCUGUUCCGCUAUUUGAGCAACAGGCUAUAUCAUGCUGAUGGUAGGUUUGCGCAGAAUAUUGAGUUUAUUUUUUAUGCUUGUUACAUGCUUGAGUUACACCAAGUCAUGUCCAGUGUGUCAAUUGCGUUGAGAAAAGGGAAAGCCAGUAAGGUCAGAACAAAGAUUAGUGAUGUAUUGAAAGAUGAAGACAACCUGCGUGACCUUUUAAAUCAUGAUGAUGGGUACCGGUUUUUAAAACCUGUAAGGGGUACUCCAGCAUUUUGGCAGGGAAUUCAGAAGGAUUUGUUAGCAUGCUUGCGACAGCUUGGCAAACCUGCAUGGUUUUGUUCAUUUUCUGCAGCAGAUUUGAGGUGGAAGGAAUAUUUAGAGAACAUUCUUAGGGCAGAGGGGCGAACACAGACAUUUGAGGACCUGGAGUGGGCAGACAAGUGCGACCUGUUGCGUCGUAAUCCUGUACUCGCUGCUCGCAUGUUUGAUUAUCGCUGGCAUCUGUUUUUGAAAGAGGUGUUGAUGUCUCCAGCAAAUCCAAUUGGCAAAAUCCUCGACUACUUUUACAGGGUGGAGUUCCAGCAGCGUGGCUCUCCACACGUUCAUUGUCUGUUUUGGAUUGAGAAUGCCCCUGUAAUUGAUGUAAACACAGAUGAUGAGGUUGUUCAGUUUAUUGAUAGAUAUGUUUCAUGUGAACUACCUAACAACACUGACGAUUUACAUGAGGUUGUUUCUUCAGUGCAGCAGCAUUCAAAGCAGCACUCCAAAACUUGUAAAAAAGGUGGAAAACAGUGCCGCUUCAAUUUCCCAAAACCAGUGUCUGCUAGGACUUUCAUUUCCAGGGCAUAUAAGGAGGUUGAGAUGGAGUGCGUGUGUCAGCGCAACGUCCAUAACAUAGUAGAACAGUGCACUUGUGGCAAGGAAGAAAAUGAGAAGAAGCACAAGCAGGAAGGGGAAUUUGCUGUUAAGGUUUUUGAAUUAAUAGCUAAAGCGUUGUCAGACGAGAACUGCACAAUUCAAACUGCAGAUGAGCUAUUUGCGAGUAUAGGUAUACGACAGGAGACAUUUGAGGCAGCAUACAGGAGGUUAGGGAAAAAGACAGAGGUGAUUAUGCGACGGCAGGUUACUGAUACGUGGAUCAACCCACAUUCCAAGACUCUGUUAAAAGCUUGGAAUGCAAACAUGGACAUCCAGUAUGUGACUGAUGCUUAUGCUUGUGUAGUUUACAUCAUUUCAUACAUCUCUAAAGCAGAAAGACAGAUGGGAUUGAUGUUAGCAAAUGCACAGCGUGAAGCAUCUAAGGAAGACAACCUCAGUGCCAAACAGGCUUUGAACAGGCUAGGAAGUGUUUACCUUCACAACCGAGAUGUUGGAGCUCAGGAGGCAGUCUACAAGCUCAGCAACAUGCACUUAAAAGAGUGCUCUCGGAAGGUGGUUUUUGUACCGACAGGUGAUAAUGUUGUCAGGAUCAGCAAGCCAUUGACUGUGUUAAAAGACAUGGCUGCUGAAUCCACAGAACAGAUGUGGAUGAUCAACUUUGUUGACCGUUAUAAAAACAGACCCAGAGAUCAUAUAUUUGAAGCCAUGUGCCUUGUCCACUUUGCUGCUGAGUAUCGUGUGCUCUACAAAGGUGAAAAAUCAAAAAACCGAAUUGAACUUGAUAACGGCUGUGGGUCUGUGUUGAGAAGAACCCGUACGCAGCCUGCUGUUGUAAGGUACGCAAGAUUCUCUGAGACUAAAAGUCCAGAGUUAUUUCACCAAAGCAUUUUGCAGCUGUUUCUUCCGUAUCGUACAGAAGAACAGCUAAAGCCAGAGGGAUUUGUCACUUUUGAAGACUUUUACAAAACUGGCCGUGUCAUCAUUGCUGAUGGACAGCUACGUUCAGUGAAGUCAGUUGUGGACUCAAAUCGCUGCAAUUAUGAAAUAGAUGCUGAUGACUUAGAUGAGGUUUUGGAUUCUGUAAAUUUUGAUGGUCCUCUAGAAGAUGCGUGGGGGCAAUUGUUCCCACAGCAAGAAACUGAACGCCUGGAGUCAAUCCAGGAACGGGCAGAGCAGAUAGAGGUAGACAAUAACCCAGUGGAACAUAUUCCUGAUCUGGCUGGGGGUAUAGAGCAGGCUAAGGUAACUAAGUGCAACAAUUUAAGUAGAAGCGAGGGAUUGGCAUUAUGCAGGUCUUUAAAUGAUGACCAGAUGCGUGUGUUAAACAAGGUCCAUCAGUGGUGCGUUGUUAAAGCAGCAGGUAGAAACCCAGACCCCUUUUAUGUGUUUGUAACAGGUGGUGCUGGCGUUGGAAAAUCGCAUUUAAUCAGAGCGAUUCAAUACGAGGCCACAAGGUUAUUGUCACCAAUGUGUCGACAACCUGACAAUAUCAGUAUUUUGUUGACUGCACCAACAGGGAUUGCUGCAUAUAAUCUGCAUGCAACCACCCUGCACAGUACAUUUAGCAUAGGGAAAGAUGUUCGCCUCCCUUAUGUGCCAAUAGGUGAAGAAAAGCUAAACACAUUGAGAAUGAAAUAUUGUGAUCUCCAAAUCUUGAUAAUUGAUGAAAUUUCUAUGGUGGAUCACAAUAUGCUCACUUAUGUGCACGGGCGACUUCGCCAAAUUAAACAGACAGGCAUUCACACUCCAUUUGGAAAUGUGAGCGUCAUGGCAGUGGGGGAUUUUUAUCAGUUGCCUCCAGUGAAAGGAAAACCGUUAUACAUGGAACCACUUGGAGUUGAUCUUUGGAGCACUCAUUUUAAGGUUGUCAAGUUGACAAAAGUAAUUCGGCAGACAGACGAAGAUUUUGCCGGACUACUGAAUCGAGUUCGGACGCAUCCAAAAGACUCAGACAUGUUGCAAAGUGAUAUCACCACUUUGAAACAGCGAGAAACUGGCGAAGAAUGCUCAGGUUUGCAUAUAUUUGCCACAAAUAGCCAGGUCAAUGAGCACAACUUUGAGCAGCUGCAAAGAACAUGUCCAGAUUACCAUGUAAUACAGGCUCAGGAUUAUAUAAACAACUCAAAAACAGGCAAACUGGAAUUGAAAAAAGGCUAUCAUACACUAACAUAUAACACUUGUUUAGAUGCAAAAUUGUUAUUGGGUACUGGCUCUCGUGUCAUGUUGACAAAAAAUUUAGAUUUGGCUGACGGCUUGGUUAAUGGUGCAUGUGGCACAGUAACAGAUGUAGUUUGUGUUGAAAAUGAAAAGUUUCCUCAGUGUAUUUUUGUGAAAUUUGAUGAUGAAGUAGUUGGUGUUGAGAGGAGGAAACAGUCAGGAAGGGUGUCAGAUCAUCUUGUUGGUUCCACGGCUAUUACACCGGAGGAAGAAAGAGUGACAAAGAAGGGAGGUAUGCGCCGUCAAUUUCCGCUUCGUCUCGCCUGGGCCUGUACUGUACACAAAGUACAAGGCCUCACAGUUGAUACAGCCAUAGUCAGUAUGAAAAAGGUGUUUUCUGCUGGUCAGGCUUACGUGGCUUUAAGUCGUGUCAGGACUCUUAUGGGAUUGAUCAUUCAAGAUUUCAAUCCCAAAAAAAUCUAUUGUCGGCCAGAAAUCGCUCAGGCCACUUCAAGGAUGGCUUCGUUCCUAGAACCUAUCACCUGGCAAGGGAGAGUGGAGGACACUUUGACAGUGUUCCUCAUGAAUGUUCAGGGUUUGAGACGCCAUGUGUCUGACUUGGCUCAGCACACACAGCAUUUGCAGCCAGAGUGCAUUGCUGUGACUGAGACGUGGUUGCAUCCAGGUUGUUCCUCUGAGACACUCAAGAUAGCCAACUACUCUCUGCAUAGUUGUCCACGAGCUCUGGCAUAUGAUGGUCAAACUGCCCCAUUUGCCUCUUUGCAGGCAAAAGAACAUGGGGGAGUUGCAAUGUAUUGUGAUGGAAUUAUGCAGUUUGCAAUCAUCAAGGUGCCUUGUUUCAAUGUGGAAUGUUUGGUGUACCACUGCAUAAACCUCAACAUUUUCCUUACAGUCAUAUAUCGGCCUCCAACCUACCCCAUGACACUAUUCAAACAAAAUAUUAUCAAAUUACUCCAAUGGCUGGAACAAAUUGGCAAAAACAUUAUUGUCAUGGGAGAUUUCAACGAUGACAUAUUGAAGGCAUCUUCAAUUUGCAAAUUUUUCCAAGAUAGAGGUUAUGAUCAGGUGAUCACCCAGCCUACCACAGAGCGAGGCACUUUGAUUGAUCAUGUUUAUGUGAGAGGGGGCAUUUUCCACACACAAGCUGAAGUAAUGCCUUCAUAUUUUAGCGACCAUGAAGGUAUUUACUGCAGCUUUAAAAUUUGUGAUUAA